UCAUCCGAAAGUUCUCCUUGGAUAAUUAUCGUCGCAGUGGAGUUCCUGGUUUGGACAUCCUCAUCUGGGUCAACUAAAAAAAGAAAGCAUGCAAGACGACAGCCUAGAAGCUUCUACUUCUAUAUCCCAACUGCUAAGAGAAAGCUACCUAGCGGAAACCAGGCAUCGCGGAAACAAUGAGAGGAGCCGAGCCGAGCCCUCCUGCAGCCCCUUUCUUUUCGGCGGUCCUUCGGGGGCUGCUGAAGGAGGCGGCCAAGACGACCUUCCGGAUCUGUCGGCCUUUCUGAGCCAAGAGGAGCUGGACGAAAGCGUCAAUCUGGCGAGACUGGCCAUCAACCACGACCCCUCGGAGAGAGCAGAUGAAGCUCAGGCUAGGAAACGGCUGUCUUCGGAGCAGAUGAAGACCGCGCCCAACUUCUGCGAAGAGAGCCUCGCCAGUACCCCCAGCCCUCGGGAGAGCGCCCAGCAGGCAAAACGGCCGCAGUACAGCUCUGAAACCCAGUCCAAAAAAGUAUUCCUGAAUAAGGCUGCUGACUUCAUAGAAGAGCUCUCCUCUCUUUUCAAGGCCCACAGCUCCAAAAGGAUCAGACCUCGUGCCUGCAAAAACCACAAGAGCAAACUGGAAUCUCAGAACAGAACUGUACAGGAGAACAGCCCCAGUUUCUCAGAUCUGUCAGAGAGGCGGGAGAGAUCUGUCCCCAUUCCCAUCCCGGCUGACACCAGGGAUAACGAGGUGAACCACGCCCUUGAGCAGCAGGAAGCCAAGAGGCGUGAGGCUGAGGAGGCCCCCAAAGAGGCAGGUGGUGGGGACACCACCCCAGGGUCCUCACCUUCCUCUCUGUACUAUGAAGAACCUCUGGGGCAACCUCCCCGCUUCACCCAAAAGUUACGGAGCAGAGAAGUUCCCGAAGGAACCCGAGUCCAGUUGGAUUGCAUAGUGGUAGGAAUCCCACCACCUCAAGUAAGGUGGUAUUGCGAAGGCAAGGAGCUUGAAAAUUCCCCAGACCUUCAGAUCGUCCAGGCUGGAAACCUGCACUCGCUGACCAUCGCCGAAGCCUUCGAGGAAGACACGGGACGUUAUUCUUGCUUUGCAUCUAACAUCUAUGGGACAGACUCAACUUCUGCUGAAAUUUAUAUAGAAGGAGUUUCUUCUUCUGACUCAGAAGGGGACCCUAACAAGGACGAGAUGAAUCGAAUCCAGAAGCCAAAUGAAGUGUCACCACCUCCCACUACUUCUGCAGCCAUUCCUGCGGCAGUGCCUGCAGCCCAGUCUCUGGUGGCCCACCCGAGAGUGCCAACCAUCCAGCAGUGCCAGAGUCCUACCAACUAUUUGCAAGGAUUGGAUGGAAAACCUAUCAUUGCGGCUCCAGUGUUUACAAAGAUGCUGCAAAAUUUGUCAGCCUCUGAAGGUCAGCUGGUUGUCUUUGAAUGCAGAGUAAAAGGGGCGCCCUCCCCCAAAGUUGAGUGGUAUAGGGAAGGGACCUUAAUAGAAGAUUCUCCAGACUUUAGGAUUUUACAAAAAAAACCUCGAUCCAUGGCGGAGCCAGAGGAGAUCUGCACCUUGGUCAUUGCUGAGGUGUUUGCAGAAGACUCUGGGUGCUUCACGUGUACUGCGAGCAACAAGUACGGCACGGUGUCCAGCAUCGCGCACCUCGACGUGAGAGGGAAUGAAGACCUCAGCAACAAUGGGGCUCUUCACCCAGCCAACUCCACCACCCACCUGGCUGCUAGUGAGCCUCAGACACCCCUCCCCAACCUCGAGCCUCCUGCAGAGCAACCCCCCAAACCCAAACUUGAAGGGGUCCUGGUGAACCACAAUGAGCCCCGGUCCAGCUCCAGGAUCGGCCUGCGUGUGCACUUCAACCUGCCUGAAGAUGACAAGGGAAGCAAAGAGUCCUCUGAGGGGCGCGUGAUGACUGCCACCCAGACCAGGCCUGAUUCCUUCCCAGAGAGGUUCAACGGUCAGGCAGCGAAAAUCCCUGAGCCUUCCUCCCCGGUCAAAGAGCCCCCUCCAGUUCUGGCCAAACCUAAACUCGAUUUCACUCAAUUACAACAGCUUCACAACCAAGUCUUGCUGGAGCAGCAGCAGCUGCAGAACCAGGCCCCUGCGUCGCCCAAGGAGUUUCCUUUCAACACGACGAACCUGGCCAACUCCGCGGCUCCCCCCGCAGCGGCCCAGCUGAAGGCUCCUGCUUCGCAGACGCUCAACCUGGCCAGGCCCAAGCAUUUCUUCCCCUCCUCGGGCACCAUCGCGGCCACCAUGUCCCCCUCCGGCUCUCCAGUGUUCACCUUGAGCAGCGCGCCUCAGACGAUGCAGAGGACAGUGAGCAAGGAAAGCCUCUUACUUUCUACCCCCUCCAUGCAAACCAAAUCUCCAGGCGGGCUCUCCAUCCACAACGAGACACCCCCUCCAGCCCCAGCAGAGCCAGCUCCGCCACCACUCACGUUCUCCAUCCCCAGCGGAAACCAGUUUCAGCCCCACUAUGUGCCCCCAACUCCUGUCUCUCCCACCGGCCGGAUUCAGAACCCUGUGGCUUUCCUCAGCUCUGUCCUGCCUUCUCUUCCUGCCAUCCCUCCCACUAAUGCCAUGGGGCUGCCAAAGAGCGCACCAUCUGUGCCUUCCCAGGGACUGAUGAAGAAAAACUCCAAGUCUUCUCAACCACUGAGUGAUGAUUACAUUCGUGAAACUAAGAAUGCAGUGAUUCUAGACUUGGGGAAGAAAAUGAGUUUCAGUGACGUCAGAUCAAACCAGCAGGAAUACAAAAUUUCAAGCUUCGAACAGAGGCUGAUGAAUGAAAUAGAGUUCCGCUUGGAACGCACGCCUGUUGAUGAAUCAGAUGAUGAAAUCCAACAUGAUGAGAUUCCCACCGGCAAGUGUAUCGCUCCCAUCUUUGACAAAAGGCUCAAGCACUUCCGGGUUACAGAAGGCUCACCAGUCACAUUCACCUGCAAAAUUGUUGGGAUACCUGUUCCAAAGGUUUACUGGUUCAAAGAUGGGAAGCAGAUUUCUAAGAGAAAUGAGCACUGCAAAAUGAGGCGAGAAGGAGACGGGACCUGUUCUCUGCACAUUGACUGCACCACCGGCGACGACGACGGCAACUACACCAUCAUGGCCGCCAACCCCCAGGGGAGAAUCAGCUGUUCUGGCCACUUGAUGGUACAGGGUUUGCCCAUUCAUAGUCGACUAACCUCUGCCGGUCAGACUCACAGGGGAAGAUCCAGACUGCAAGACAGAGACAAAGAGCCCCUUCAGGAACGCUUUUUCCGACCACAUUUCCUUCAGGCUCCUGGGGACAUGGUAGCCCACGAGGGGCGCCUCUGUCGCCUGGACUGCAAGGUGAGUGGCUUACCACCCCCAGAGCUGACAUGGUUACUCAAUGGCCAACCUGUGCUACCAGACGCCUCCCACAAGAUGCUGGUCAGGGAAACAGGGGUGCACUCGCUGCUCAUCGACCCCCUCACCCAGCGCGAUGCAGGCACCUACACGUGUGUGGCUACCAACAAAACCGGGCAGAAUUCCUUUAGUCUGGAGCUCACUGUGGUCGCCAAAGAGGUGAAGAAAGCCCCCGUGAUCCUGGAGAAACUGCAGAACAGUGGCGUUCCUGAGGGCCACCCGGUGAGGCUGGAGUGCCGCGUAAUUGGCAUGCCCCCGCCCGUGUUCUACUGGAAGAAGGACAACGAGACCAUUCCCUUCACCAGAGAGAGGGUCAGUAUGCACCAGGACACAACAGGCUAUGUCUGUCUCCUCAUUCAGCCAGCCAAGAAAUCAGAUGCCGGAUGGUAUACAUUGUCAGCCAAGAAUGAGGCUGGCAUCGUGUCAUGCACCGCUAGGCUGGAUAUAUAUGCUCAGUGGCACCAGCAGAUCCCACCACCCAUGUCCAUCCGGCCCAGCGGCAGUCGCUAUGGAUCUCUCACCAGUAAAGGACUUGACAUUUUUUCUGCCUUUUCCUCCGUGGAAAGCACAAUGGUGUAUUCAUGCUCUUCUAGCGUAGUGGAGAGCGACGAACUUUGAGACUGUCUGGGGGCCUGCUGUGUAAGAGGCGGACUGUGGAGGGGGAAAGAGGAGGAGCUGAUGCAGUCGGACGUGAUGGGUUCCCACACUGCCGAGCUGCGGUGGGAAGUGCUUUGAAUAAGGAGGCCAGGGUCUCCUGCACUCUGUUGAAGGGCUGCUGUAGGGCUUUGCCUCUUAAAAGAAAGUUCAACAAAAAUGUGAGCCGGUGAUACAGACAACAGAAGAUGUCCUACUGCAACCAUCCACUGCUGUGGGGAAAAGCAAGAACGUAUCCCUGGCCUAGUUAUGUUAAGAAUGCCUAGGCUCGGGCCGGGGAUUUAGUUCAGCAGUUCAGUGGCCUGCCUCGCAAGCGCAAGGACCC